CUCAUUUAUAAAAAUAGGGUAAAGAAAAAGAAGGAACCUCAAACUCAAUACAGCAAUCUUGUUCCACAAGUUUCCCUCACAAAAAGGAUAAUCAGUUCACGAAAUCUUUUGAACUCUCGAAUUCAAUGGCCUCAAAAUCUGGAUCCUCCAAUCCCAAACUGCAGAGCAUCGGCGGUUCCCGCAAGUGCCUCUGUUCUCCCACCACCCAUCCUGGCUCUUUCCGCUGCAGUAUUCAUCGGAACCGCCGCAAGGUUUCCGCUAGGUCAUCGUCCUCAUCCAUUGCUGCCAUUACCACUGCUCAAUUGAAGCUUACGAUGUUGGCGAAGGCGAAUGCGUUGAGGUCGUUUCUUCAGCAGAUCAUCAAUCCCUCCAGUAAAGAUCUUCAGCGGCGGAGGAAUUUUCGUCCCAAACCUUCCAGGUUUUGCUUGAUGAACAAUCAUGGAACUGGAUUGGCUGUUUCUUAAAUCGAAUUAAGUUUCCUAUUUCUGGACGUUCGUUCUCUCGAUCCUCUUCGCUGAUUUUCGUUUUUCUCGAUUUUUCCGUGUGAGUUUGUGUAGGUCUAGCGUUUGUGUACAGAUCCAACAGGAUAUUGCCUUAGUUCAGUUCGAUCUUGAUGAUUGAACAAGUCUUUCUUGAAAUAUAAUUAGAUUUUUGUACCGGUUUUUUUUU